AUGAAGAUCUUAGUAACAGGAGGAGCAGGCUUUCUCGGCACACAUCUCGUCGAUUUUCUGUUGAACCAUCACCAUGAAGUCUUCGUGCUCGAUUCGGUUUGGACCGGACGUGAAGAGACGUUCGAACAUUUCAAGAAGCACAAGAAAUUCUCUUACAUAAGGCAAGACGUGAUCGACCCCUUCCCCAACCUUCAAGUCGACCAAAUUUACCACCUCGCAUGCCCUGCAAGUCCGAAGAGAUUCACUGAAGACCCUUUGAGGAUACUCCGCACCUGCAUCGAAGGAACAAGAAAUGCAUUGGAGUUAGCUCAAAGAUGCAAUGCUCGUAUCCUGAUUGCCAGCACCUCAGGAAAGUCAAAUCUAACGUUCCCCAGACCACAAGUAUACGGCGAUCCCCAAGAACAUCCUCAGGGAGAGACAUACUGGGGCAACGUCAAUCCAUUUGGUCCGCGAGCCUGCUAUGAUGAAGGAAAGCGAGCUGCGGAAGCAUUGGCUUAUGCGUAUCAGAAACAGCACAACACGGGAGUCCGCAUCGCUCGCAUUUUCAACACCUACGGCCCAGGAAUGCUCCCUGAUGAUGGCCGGGUGACCGGAGACCGGAUGAAAUUAACCCGCUCGUUCCAGUAUGUCACUGAUUGCGUAGAAUCUCUGGCUAGACUCAUGGAUAGCAACGUCAGAACUCCUGUCAAUAUCGGAAAUGAUGAAGAGACAUACAUCUGGGAUCUGGCGGAUAAGAUUGCUACCUCAGUUGCGAGGACUGGGAGACCAAAGGUCGUGAUUGAGGAGGCUGCAGCACCGCCAGACGAUCCCGUACGCAGGCAGCCGGAUUUGAGUUUUGCUAGGGCGAAAUUGGGGGUUUGGAAUAAGGUGUCAUUGGAUGAUGGUCUUCAACAUACUGUGAACUGGUUUCUAAGUCAGUGGAGUGAGACAGAGGGAUGA